UCCGUUGUCGGUUUCUACUUUGUUUUUCCUUCUCAACGACAGCAUCAGCAUGCAGCUGGGCUGGGGUUCGAAGGUUACGACGAACAAAACAGACCCAGUGGGGCUGGCGUCCAAUUUGAUAUACUGAGUAUAGAGCUCUCUAUGAAUGCCAGAAACUCUCUCAACUCGUGGAAUAUUACUAGCUCACGUGGAUAAGAAGAUGAGGAGGUGGUGUAACCCAUUCUUCAC